AUGCUACCUCGGCUGCUUCUCUUCGUUUUCUGUGGCGUCCAAGCCAUAGAUUUCAUUAAGCUAGCAUGUGAUCAAUACCCAAACCUGCCUAAUUGUGAAAAAGUUGUUCGCAGAGCUGCACCUAAAAACCCUUUCAAGGAAAGAUUGACUCCUACUGAAUCUCCUGUUCAAUAUGAAAAUAAUGAAGGAGACUACCUAGAAGAGGAUAUCUCUCUUGAGCUCGAAACAACCACAAGGCCAUAUAGAAAAACAACCGUUGCAUUACCUCGUCAGAACUUGCUCUAUACAAUCUUUCCCACCUUCCAGAAAGAAAAAGAUUAUAGGAAAUACUGUCCUGUAAAUGAAUACACAUUCAGAGUAACCUGUCUUCCUGGAAAAAAACUUCGUUAUGAUCUUCAAAUUUUCUGCCAAGAGUUCGCUGAUACCUGCGGCGUGCCCAACAUUAAUCUCUUCCCAAGUAAAAGUGGAAGAGGAAAUGAUGGACGACCGAUAGGAUAUGGACAGAAGCAGAAGAAUGGUAACCUAGGCUUAGGAAAAAGCUUUGGAUUUGGUCUUGGAGCUAUACCAGGAUUCGAAGUAGUCAGCAGUCAAGGAACUGAUAUCGGUAACGGUAACCUUCCGUUCUUCAAUCAGAUUGGUGGAAUGAUGAUAAACAGUGGAUCUCAACUAGGAGCUCUCGGACAUAAGUAUGGCAAUGGACCCGCUAGAAGCAUGAAUGCUCUGACCCACGGCUACCCCUCAUUUGGUUUAGCUGGACAGCCUACAGACGGCGAUAAGAAACUUAGUCAAGAAGUCUUACGUUCGUUUGGAGUACCAAACGUCCCUGGAUUGGAUAAAGUCUUCAAAAAACUCAGCGGUAACCGUCCGAAUCAUUCUAUCAAAGGUUACGAACCAGGGUACGGAGCCCUCAACCCAAGAGCUCCAGUGGCUCUUGGAAAGACCGACGUUGACAAUAUUAACUUACCUGGAGGUAUGGGAGAUGUGGAGUUCGUUAAGGGAGUUGGAUUUGGAGUGGGAAAGAAGUAA